AUGGCAAAUUUUUCGUCAUUCGAUGAACAGUAUCGACCGGCAUUCCACAAUAAACUAGAUCAAAAUGUUGUUGAGUUCAUGCAGCAGAAUAUAGAUCGUGCUCAACUUAUGAAUGAUGCUGACAAAGCAGAGAAAUUCCUGGAGGAAGCAUGUGAUCAAUGUAUUAAUAUAGUUACCGAUCAUGUGAAAGAAAUCAAGGAAUCGGCCAAACAGAAACGUGCAAGUUGUAAGACUCCUGCAGAUGAGCAGAAAUAUACAACAUUCAUUCAAGGAGUCGCAGCAGGUGUUCAAGCAGCUCAAUCGAAAAUCGAUCAGAUCUUCUGUCGUAUUCAUGAUCUUAUCACAACUGUGAUCGGUUGGAUCCGAAAGGGCACUCAGUGGAUCGCGAAUGCUAUUUCGGAAGCUUUUACUUUCAUUCGCUCUAUUUUUAUCAAAUAA